UAGAUACAAGCUGACACUGUUGUUAUUGUUUGGUGACUUUCGUAGCUUAGAUACACGCGUGUGGACGAUUUUAGCAAGCGUAAACAAACCUUAACUUUUAGCUAUAUAUACCCAGACAUACGAUACUGUUUUAUGCAUAUAAUUUCAUUUAUGUUCUGCAGAAGAACAAGUUAUCUGAAAAAUGAAGAUUUAUUCAAUUUGUGCGCUUCUUCUUAUUACAGUCAAGACAGUCUAUGGUUUAAAAUGCUGGGAAUGUAACAACGCAAAAAGCAACGAGGUUUGUUUAAGAGAAGGAACGCUGCGAGAAUGUCAAACAACAGAGACGGCUUGCCAAAACGAGGUCCGAAGAGAUCCCUACGGUAUGAGAAUUACAAAGAGAUGUAAACAAGCACAUGCAUGCGACAACAACUUUGCUCAAAACCCAAGAUCCAACUGGAAUCCACAAUGCAACCCGAAGCAGCGACAUUCUGUUUGCAGAUGUUGUUGUAACUUCAACGAAUGCAAUGCACCCGCUUUGUUUUGUCUUGAUGCUAAAGCCGAAUGCUCGCCGAUCCGAAGUCCUGCUAACGGACGAAAACGUUGUUCGUUUUCAGUAAGAGCGACCGAAGUUGGAUCUCUUUGUACCUUUUCAUGCAACGCAGCUCUUACUUGCCGACCACGCUUAGCUGCCCCACAGAACGGUGCUGUGUCGUGCAGUAACGGAAACAGCGUUGGGAGUUCAUGUUCGUUUACUUGUGAUGGAGAAUAUUUCCUAAAUGGCAACCCUACCAGAACUUGUCGUACUAACAACGCGUGGAGCGGUGUUCAACCUACAUGCCGGCGUAUAAAGUGCCCAACCGAGAUCGAUGCUCCUGAAAAUGGCAACGUCGUAUGCAGUGAUCUUAAUAAUGCUGAUAGUACUUGCACUUUUACGUGCAACGCUGGAUUCUCUAUGGUCGGUCUACAAGCAACACGAUGUAUUAGUAACGGUAACUCAGACGUUGGAAGGUGGAGCAACCCGGCACCAGUAUGCCAAUCAAUUAGAUGUCUUGCCCAAUCUGCACCUGUCAACUCUGGAAUAUCAUGCACUAACUCGGUCGAGUUACUGAGCGAAUGUACCAUUGAAUGCGAUAGCCAAUACAUCCUCGUUGGGAGCGAAACUAUUACUUGUACGGAUGAUUUGAACGGAGAUUUGUUCGGUGUUUGGAGCGACCCGCUACCCGUUUGUCAACGAAAAAGAUGUCCUGACGUGCUUUCUGCUCCACAAAACGGAUACCAUGUUUGUACCGAUGGUAACUUUAUCGGCUCUCAGUGUGAAUUUGCCUGCGAUGAAUACCACACACGAAACGGUGUUCUCUACAGUACUUGUGUUGAAAUUGACAACGUUCUACAAUGGGACCAACCGACACCGACUUGCACACCCAAUGUAUGUUCCGAGCAAGGCGAAUUGAACCACGGUGUAAAAAUCUGCAGCAACGACAACCGAGCUACAUCAACAUGCAUCUUUCAGUGUGUGGAUCCAGGUUAUGACUUGUACCCGUCGUUUAUUACACAGAACACUUGUCUCAAUGACACUACCUGGUCGCUGCCCCAGCCCUGCUGCUCACGACCUUGUCCCCCCUUUGCUGUCAUGGACGCCGUUUUCGUACUUGAUUCGUCAUCUUCUGUCGGCGAAGAAAACUGGUCCACAAUGAAGACAUUUGUCCGUAAAAUCAUUGAAUCAUUCAUUCUUGCCGAUGAUGCAGCCAGGAUAUCAGUAUUCAGAUACAACCGUGAGAUAGACACCACAUCUCAGAUCCUUCUCAGCGAUUUCUCCUCCGAUAUUGACGCGCUUUUGUCUGCUUUUGAUGCUAUCCCGUACGAUGGGUCAGGUACAUGGACCGGCCAAGCUUUAACACAUGCCAAGGACGUAAUACUUACAAACGCUAAUGGAAAUAGACCCGAUGUCAAAGAUCUGGUACUUGUUAUUACGGAUGGUCGAUCUCAGGACUCUGUAACAGAAGUUUCGCAGCAGCUGAGAGCAGGAGGGGUUCUGACAUACGCUGUAGGAAUUGUCCCUCCCCGAGGGAGAUUGGACGAAUCUCAAUUGUUGGACAUGGCUGGGAGUUCGGAUAACUUGAUCAUUGCCAGGGGAGGUUUUGAAGGCCUUGACGACGAGUUUUCAGCGCAAAUAAGCACCCAGAUCUGUGGGAACCCAUGCGCCGAACUACCUUAGAUUGUUAAUAUAGCUUUGAUAGUAUAGUUUAUUAUAUAGUAGGUUGGGAGAAGAUGGUACACCUUUAGCACAUAAUUUAUACACAUUCUGAUCGUGUUUUGAACAAUUAACAGCGGUAUAUUGGGGUCAUGAGGGUACGGUUUAAAAUUCUUUAAUUUUUUUUGUGUUUACUAUACCAAAUGGGACGAGAAAAUAAACUAAAAAGGUGUCCAAUCUUCCCUCACCCUACUAUAUAUAGUAAAAGCGUGUACAAGUUAUUAUUAUUUUGCCUUGAAAGAUAGAGGCACCAUGUUUUUAAGCAAUUUAACUGAAAACUGUUUAUUGCUACGUCAACUUGUGAAUUAAUAAAAUUAUUAGACCAAAA